AUGAGUGUUACACCGGGUCUUGGUGCUUUUAAUAAAGAUAAGGUAGCCAAUAAAUUUGGUAUUCAAUUAAAAGCUAAAGAUACAAAGAAACAAGCUCAACGACCAUUAAAUCAAUCAACUGAGAAGCAAUCGAUUAAUAUAGAAACAUCUACUUUAACAGAAAACAAAACAGUGAGUGAUUUUCGUCUACAAAAGGAAACGAAUGGAUUAAAAACAAAUAAAAAUAUACAUAAUCAAACUUCUUCCUCACAAACAUCAGAACCAAUAAAAAAAUCUCUUGAAAAUUCGAUAAAAAGUAAGUCUACUAUUGGACUUGUAUCAACAUCAACGGAUAAUGAAGGACAUGAUUCUCUUAAUUCGAACGUCAAUCAUUCCAAAUCUUUAAAUCUUGUGAAAUCAGAUGAAUCGAUUAAUUCUGUUGCUUCAUCUUCUAAAUCAAAAAAUUUAUUAUCAUCAAAAUUAUCUAAUACAGUAAACAAAUCAAAUUCAGCAUCUGUUCCUACUGAUCGACGAGCAAGUUUAACAUUACCAAAUCAAAAUAAAUUACCAGAACCAUCUACAACUAAACGAACAAGUAUAGCAAAAAUACCAGAACAAACUGUUUUAUCACAACAUUUUGUUAAUCAAUCAAAUAUUCCAACAACAAAAACUAAAACUGAAGCUGAAAUCGCAAAUAAAAAAGAUCAACCAUUAUAUAAAAGACAAUUAUCAAAAACAUUAGAUAAUGUUACAUCAAUAUUAAAUAAAAAUAAACAUCAACUUGAACAUGUAACAUCAUCGCCUACAAUAUCAAAACGGUAA